AUGGAUCUGAUGAACCUGAGUGCUCGAGACCUUUCGCACAAGUGUCUUGAAGCCUUUCAGCUAUGCUUGACAUUUCGCUCCGCAGACCCCGAACUGUCCAAUCAACAAACGUUUCAUGAUGAGCGAUUUGAGUAUCGCCUGGCAGACCUUAAUCUAUGGAUCGACGGAAUCGGCGCCUUAGCUCCUUCAAAAGCCUCACUCGAUUCGAGGCUACGUGAGCGGCAGAUCGACCUUUCUUUAGUAAAAGGGAACCUUGUCAUGCUGUUUCAAUCACUAGAAGACUGUUUAAACCUACUCACAACUAACCAAGCACCUGAAGAUGCAUUGCAAGAUAUUGACUCCGCUUUGGAAAGUCUCGUGUCCCUGUCUCUGGCUAUCCGUAAGACGGGGCGUCGGUCACGGCUUCACAAAGCAGAUCGUCUUUUCAAGCCAGAAGAACAUGCUGAGUUGAGAAAACACUUGGAAGCUAUCAUCGUUCUCCGGCCUGGACCCGGCCCAUGCGACGGUAGCAAGUUUCAAAAGACGAUGAGUUCGUUAACAGCGCUACAAAAACAUCUUGUGACAGCCAACUUGAAGCGAAGAAAUCGUUUCAUACAAGCUCAUCUACACUCUUUGGGUCUGAAGAAGAGAAGUGUCGGCUUCGAGUUACUGCCUCAAGCUAUGCAGCAAGCGACUGCACCAGCUGUCAGUCCAGAGGGCAAGACAAGAGUGGCUCUAUCCCCUAUAUCUACUCAUACUUUUUACCAGCUUAGUGAACCGUUACCAGCACCCAUGUCAGUCACCUCAGCUUCGAUCCCCGAGAGUAAGCUCGAAUACAAAGAACCCGUUUCUAAGAGAACGGAGUCGACGCCAAUGACAGUCAUUACUCAGAUCACUGCUUCUGCUCGAUAUCCGCGCCCAAGGAUAUCCGAUAAUGAGCAGAAAGUGGUUCAGUGUCCUUGUUGCUGUCAGACAUUGCCUGUAUCAGAGGCCAAAAGCAACAACCGCUGGAGUCGGUCAUUGCUGGAGCAGCACUUUCGACAGGAUCAUCCACCAGUUUGGGUUUGUCCCUUGUGUGAUAAAGAGCCUGUGUAUUCGAAUAUGACUGAAAUGAUGGAUCACCUUCAUAGUAACCAUGCACAGGCUAUUGGGGGGGACAUCUCAACGAUCAUAUCGUUAUCUGCCCAGACAAGAAUGGGUAUAGAGAGCUGUCCCCUCUGCGGAGUCAAAGGUGAUACCGAUUCUCCAGACUUGAUAGACCAUGUCCUCGAGCAUGUCCACGACUUUUCACUCCGGUCUCUUCCCUGGCCUAAAUCCUCAGAGGUUGACCUUGGCGGUGAAGUUGGGUCUUUUAAUUCGGAGAGUGAUGAGACCUUUUCUGUCAUUCAAUGGCUAGAAGAAUAUGAACACGAUACAGAGGAGAUUGACCCUACUCUGGAGUUGUCGGUCUGCGACUAUCAGAGGCUGGCCAUGAUAACAGAACAGAUUGAGUCUCAGAAACAGGAUAGGGUUGGCCUUGACAUCGGAUUUGCUGAUGAGCAUGGCGACGAAACUGCCGAGGCCGAGACUGAUAUAUCGCAGCUUACGCAAGACACCCUUGAUCCGGUGGAUGAGAUUGAGGAAGACCGUGAUGUGGUCUAUUGCCAUGAAUGCUCUGCUGAAUGGUAUAGAGACGAGAAUGGAGGGCAAACUUUGAAAUGCCCAAAAUGCCAGAGCGAACUUGUUGAGAUUGUUGAACCUGAAAAUGAUCCUCGCGAUCUAACUCAACGCUCUUCUGCGUCUAUUUCACCGGAGCCAAACCCCCCCAGUUCAGAUCCUCGAACAGUUGGUGAAGAUGGUGGUCAUAAUAGGGACGAAAUAGUCUCAAAACCAAGCCCUCACAAACCCGUCUCCAGGUUUCAAAGGUUCGCCGACCGCCUUUUCACCCGCAACAAGCGCGAUCAUAUUCAGGCAGAGGACAAAAAGAAAGUCGCCGGGAUCUUUAGCCAAUUUCCAGCCCUUAGCCAAGCGGCCUACAGCAUCCUGGUAAAGCUUUGUCAAGAGCGCCUAGAACUGUUUAUCAAGGUGAAGUCUGCGUUUCCAGAUUUCGUAACAGAUAUCCAGCGCGAGAAUAUCUCGCUCAAUGAUCACUCCGUCUCCGAUUUGGACAGCUUUUUACAAGUCAUGAUUAGUUCUUAUAUGAACCCACUCAAACCUCUGCCAUCAAAGGACCUCACGAAACCUAUAUCAAACUAUUUCAUCAAGAGUAGCCACCGAACCCUCGUACAUAAACCAUUAUCGGACUCUCAGACUUGUUCUGAUUCAAUUCAAAAAGCGCUUCAUGCUGGAUAUCGAUCCAUUGAUUUUGAUGUUUGGGAUGGUGAUGAUAGUUCUACAGCUGACACAGUAGACCGCGAUCUUGAAUCUAUAUUUCGACCGUCUCCAGCUAGGCCCGGACCAACCACGAAGGCAUUUACCCGACUCUUUGGCCCUGCCAGGGAAGCUAGGGCAAUCACUCCCGAAGACCCGAAGGUCACACUUUCUAGAGCAGAUCGUUCCCGUGCAGAGCCAAUCGUCACCGAUGGUUUGACUCUCACGGUGCUUUUUGGCUUCAGGGAAGCUUGUCAAGUGAUCAGAAAGUCUGCCUUUAUCAAUACCAAUCUCCCUGUGAUAGUCAAUCUUUCAGUCUACGCAAGCCCUGGCCAGCAAGAGAUUAUGGUUCGAAUCAUGAAGGAAGAGUGGAAUGACUGUCUAGUUGAUAGGCCAUUGGAAGGCUGUGAUCCAAGGUUUCGGUUACCAAAAUUGCGAGAUCUUCUAGGUCGGAUACUUGUUAGACUCUCAGCAGCGGCAGGCCCUGUUCUUCCUAGAUCUAAAGAAUCUGGCAGGGAUCAGCUCAGCGAAGGAAGUCAUAGUCAAGAGCAUGUCCCUAUCAUACAGCCAUUGGCUGAGCUUGCGGUUUACAUGCGGAACGAGCCAUUUGAAGGUUUCAACACUCCCUGGAUGAAGUCUCCUACUCAUGUUUUUUCCCUGCCGGAGCAUCACCUACAGGACCUGAUUUCCGUCUCACACACAAACCUCUUCCGACACAACCAAAACCACUUCUUUUGUGUCACCCCAGACUCAGCAAGUGUCUACCCUUCAAACCUUGACCCCUUGCAAUUUUGGAAACACGGCGUUCAAAUGGCUACCAUUAGCCGGCACCGUGUGGAUGAGGGCAUGAUGUUGAAUGAAGGAAUGUUCACUGAUGAGUCAGGAUGGGUUGUCAAGCCAGACCAUUAUUUCUUUACGGAUACAGGUGUCCUAGGCGGACUCCUAGUACACUCGAGGCUUAUCGAAUUGUCCAUAUUCGUUUUUCAGGGUCAGGCUUUCGACCUGAUCACAAAGGAUGGGGCAAAACAGCGAACUAGGGAUCUGUCACAAUUUACUAACGCUACCAUCCAUAUAAGUGGAGAGAGCCAACACCAGCUAUUCGUAGAGGAUGACUCUGCUCGAGACGAAGAAACUGGUGCUUUGGGCUACAAACUUCAGUUUGUUCCAACCUGGGCAAGUACUAACAUAAUUCCUGAACUCAGUAUUCUUCGGAUAACAUUCGAAGACUACGUCUUCGACGAAGGUUUAAUAGCUUGGACCAGUCUUAGACUAGAUCGCCUGAAUCAAGGAUACCGGCUUGUUCCGCUGUAUAACAAUGAAGGGGGACUCUUAAGUGAGGAGAAAAUGCUCAUUAAGUUCAAUGUUAAGUUACAAAAGUAG